GUUACGCAAGCCACACUGAGGAGGAGGCUCCUUUGCUUUUCGGAGCACGUUACGCUUUCCGGCGCAUGGCUACUCCUGCGUCGUCACCCAUUGAUCAGAAUGGCGACGGAGAGCUUGAAUUUCAGUUUCCAGGGGCUGCGGCGUAGCUUGAAUGUCUCCUUGUCGCAGUAUGAGCCUGUCCUGCUGGUAUUGGCGUCCGUGGCUACGUGGAUCGCGCUCUCGGUGACAAGCUCGACUUUGGGUGCUGUCUACGGUAGCUUCAGCGAGAAAGGAUUUAUUGGUUCGAUUUCGUCCUUAGCUGUUAAACUUAUCAGGCUUUUACCUGGUGGAGCUAAGUACUUGAAUAAAGAACAAAAGAAGGUAAUGGAUAAGCUGACAUCUGGGACCAAGGGAAAGGAACUUUGGGCUACCGAACUUCCCAAGCAAGGUUUGGGACCUCAAGUAAUCGAGCGUAUGCUGGAAAUUAAAAAGCAGGAUAAACCUUGGGAAGGCCGUUGUUCUGGAGCAGUAUAUAUUGGUGGGACGGAGACAGAAGGUCAUUUUCGCCUUGUAAACGAGGCUUAUUGCAUGUUUGCGCAUACAAAUCCUUUGCAUCCAGAUGUGUGGCCAAGUAUUCCUCGUUUUGAGUCAGAGGUGGUAAACAUGACAGCAUCCUUUCUUGGGAGUAAACUACAAGCUUCUGGAGGGAUGGUCUGUGGUAAUAUGACAUCUGGCGGUACAGAAAGUAUUCUGAUGGCUGUGAAAACCACCCGCGAUUAUAUGAAGGCCUCACGUGGAAUCACAGCUCCAGAGAUGAUUAUUGCUGAAAGUGCACAUUCUGCCUAUGAUAAGGCGGCUCAAUAUUUCCAGAUAAAACUGCGACGCGCUCCAGUGGCAGAUGACCUGCGAGCUGAUGUGAAGGCCAUGAAACGCCUCAUCAACAAAAAUACAAUUAUGUUAGUGGCCUCCUCUCCAGGAUUUCCGCAUGGAGUGAUUGAUCCCAUUGAGGAACUAUCAGCGCUUGCUUUACAAUACAAUAUUUGUCUACAUGUCGACCUGUGUCUUGGAGGUUUUGUACUGCCCUUUGCCAAGAAGCUUGGGUACCCAAUUCCACCUUUUGAUUUUCGAGUAGCUGGAGUAACGUCCAUUUCAGUGGAUGUACACAAAUAUGGGUUGGGCCCCAAAGGCACGAGUGUUGUGCUUUACCGCAAUCAUGAACUUCGAAAGUAUCAAUUUGUAGCUGUUACGGAAUGGUCGGGAGGAUUGUAUGUGUCCCCUUCAAUGGCUGGAAGUAGAGCGGGUGCUUUAAUUGCAGCAGCUUGGGCCUCUAUGAUGUCUCUGGGGGAAAGUGGGUAUACACAGAUAACGAGGAAGUUGAUGGAAGCUGCGAGAAAUAUUAAACUGGGGAUUCCUGACAUCGAAGGGCUCUACGUUCUUGGAAAGCCUGAUAUGACUGUUGUCGCAUUUGCUUCAAAAGAACUGAAUAUUUAUAAAGUCAACGAGGCAAUGGCAGAAAAGGGCUGGAGUCUUAAUGCCUUGCAUAAACCAAGCAGUGUACACAUUUGUGUUACCCUCCAACAUGUAGAUGUUGUGGAUAAGUUUCUGGACGACUUAAAAGCCGCCGUGAAAUAUGUAAGAGACAAUCCAGGGAAGUACGAGGAUGGGAUGGCCCCAAUUUAUGGUGCUGGAGCUACAUUACCAGAUAGAGGAACGAUCCGGGAUAUUCUUGUUGACUACAUGGACAGUACCUGUUAGACUCGGUAUAACUCUCAGCACAGGAGGGGUUUUUGUUGAAUCAAUUGUUCUGCUUCUAUGAUAAGUAUUAAAACGAAAGAGGUUUUUUUUAUAUGAUAUCCUAGUUGUAUUAGGGUUAGUAUCCUGUUCGGCAUUUGUAAUUAAAGUCAAAAGUAUUAGAACCUUUUCGUAAUCAUGGCCGUGAUCCUCCUGGACAUGACGCUUAGUAUUUCAGCACCUUGUAUUGGCAAGAUUUGGAACUUUUCCUUAACUCGAACUUGUAGAAAAUAAGAAUUAAUUCUUGCCCAGGUACAUUUCUCGUUUCCAUACCGUCUAAUUUUAUCCAGAUAUAACGAUUUGCUGAGGUAUGACAUGUCGCUGGAUGAUCUCAAAAAGAGUGGUUCGCCUUCAGCAAGAUUAAUAAAGCUGCUUUGAAUUCUUA